CUUCUGCCAUCAUUUUGAGAGUAUUUGAAAUGCAUUUCUAUUUUGAUGAUAGUAUACUGAUAAUAUAAUGGAGUGAAUUUUCAUCUAACUUCACUCCCAGCUUAUGGUAUUAGAUACAUUCCUUUCUAGCAACAGCAUCAAAAGUCUGAUUAAAGCCAAGAUCUAGCAUAUCUACUGCUUCUUUAUCCACUUUAAGCCAGUUAACCUUCUAUGUAUAAUUAUGUAGUGGAACUCAGGCACUGGAGGGAUUAAGAGAGGAAUUCAAGGGUAAAACAAGUUGGCUUACAAAUGUCCAUAUCCAGUAGUUUUUGCUAAUAAAAAUUAUAAAGGCUGUAAGACAUCUUUUUGUUUACGGGAGUUUCAAACCAUUACACUAUAGUUUGUGGUGGUAGAUUUACCCUCCAACAUAUCUUCCUGCUUUCAUUUAUUUGGGGUUUUUUGUUUUCCACCUUCUGAAGCUUUAUGUGCUUGUGUCAUCUAAGACAGACACUAGACUGGGCCACAGAUCAAGUCUGUGGUGGUAAUUCCUUUGUCUCCUGUUUCUCAUCAUAGGAAUUCUUUCAUUUCUGACAGGGUUCUUGGAGCAUUUCUUGUCCUGUCCUGCAUACCAGCACUAUCAGAAUGCAUCUUUCUUUCUAUUUAAUUGAAUUAACAUAACUAAUUAAAUGAAAUUAUCCUCAGUUAAGAUGAAUUAGUUAAUAUUACUCUCAUUUCAUUGUUUUAAAUGGAACUGAAUAAGAGUUUAUGAUGUAAAGACAUUUUCCUUUCAGUGUAUUUCUUUUCUUUUAAAGAUUUGUCUGAUCUCAAUCAUUUUCUGGCACAACCUAAGUGAAAUGAAAUGAGUUCUUAGCCACGUGAUGGUAAUAGUGAUACACAAUGCCUGAUCAGGACAAAAAGCUGAAGGCCACAUUAAAAGCAGCAGAGAAGAAACCUCAUGGGAUCUCUGUGAGGGAUUAUUCUGAUCUUAAAAGACUUCAGUCUCUCUUAAAUGUGCAGUUAAGGAACCAACAGCUUCCAGCUAUACAUUUCGAAAACAGUCGAACCAGUGUGACAAGAGCUUGGCAAAAUGUUAAAAUCAGUGAACAAAAACCACAUGGUCAAUGGCUAGCAUCAACAGAAGCUGUUCAGCUUGAAAACUUUAGUGUGACCUACAAGAAUGAGAGGAAUUUUAGCAAACAUCCCAGCCAUAAGCUGUUUCAAGAGAUCUUUACAUCUUUGGUGAAGAACCGACUUACCUGCAGGGAAUGGGUUAAUCAAGCUUCGUCCAUCCAUUUUCUUAGAGUAUUAAUCUGUCUGAGAUUAUUAAUAAGGGAUCCAUGCUAUCAGGAAAUGCUCCACAGCUUGGGUGCUAUUGAAAAUCUAGCUCAGUAUAUGGAAACAGUAGCAAAUGGCUAUCUUGAUUACGGAGAAGAGCAGCAUAAUGUAGACAAGUUGGUCAACAUGACAUACAUUUUCCAAAAGCUUGCUGCUGUUAACAGUCAAAGAGAAUGGGUUAUAGCAAGCAGAGCACAUAAAACCUUGGUAAAUUUGUUAUCUGCCAGAGACAACAAUGUGCUUUUAGGUGCCCUCCUUGCUCUGACUAGUCUAGCAGAAAGUCCAGAAUGUAGGGAGAAGAUAAGUGAGCUCAGCAUUGUUGAGAAUUUGCUGGUGAUAUUGCGUGAAUACGAUUUGCUUUCUAAAAGGCUUACAGCAGAGUUGUUACGUCUCCUCUGUGCAGAGUCACAGGUGAAAGAGCAAAUAAGAAUGUAUGAGGGAGUUCCAGUCUUGCUCAGUUUACUCCAUUCUGAUCAUAUCAAACUUCUAUGGAGUAUAGUUUGGAUUCUGGUACAGGUUUGUGAGGAUCCUGAGACUAGUGUGGAAAUCCGGAUUUGGGGUGGAAUCAAACAGCUCCUUCAUAUUUUACAGGGGGACAGAAAUCUUGUUUCUGAUUGCUCUUCAGUUGGAAGUCUAUCCAGUGCAAAUGCAGCAGGGAGAAUACAAUAUUUUCAUUUGUCAAAUGAUUUGAGUCCUGAUGAGAUGCAAGAAAAUACUUUCUCCCUUCAAGCAGCCUGUUGUGCAGCAAUUACUGAGCUGGUGCUCAAUGAGACUAACUCUUACCAGGUUGUACAGGCAAAUGGAAUAUAUACAAUAGCAAAGCUGAUUUUGCCAAAGAAAGAAAGAAAUGCUGAAAACGCGAAUUUAUUACAGUGUUACGCUUUCAGAGCCCUGAGAUUUCUCUUCAGUAUGGAAAGAAAUCGGCAUAUCUUUAAAAGACUUUUCCCUACUGACUUGUUUGAAAUCUUCAUUGAUAUUGGACAUUAUGUGCGUGAUAUCAGUGCUUAUGAAGAGUUGGUAUCAAAGCUAAAUUUAUUAAAGGAAGAUGAAUUCAAGCAAAUUGCUGAAAGUAUUGAGAGCAUGAAUCAGAAUAAGGCACCUACAAAACAUAUAGGCAAUUAUGCAGUUUUAGAGCACCUUGGCCGUGGAGCUUUUGGAAGUGUAUAUAAGGUUAGAAAGUGUAAUGGACAAAAUCUCCUAGCAAUGAAGGAAGUCAAUUUACACAGUCCAGCAUUUGGAAAGGACAAAAAAACCAGAGACAGCAGUGUAAAGAACAUUGUCUCUGAAUUAACCAUCAUCAAAGAGCAGCUUUAUCAUCCAAAUGUUGUACGGUACUAUAGAACGUUCUUGGAAAAUGACAAGUUGUACAUAGUCAUGGAGCUCAUAGAGGGAGUGCCAUUGGGAGAGCAUUUUCACUCUUUGAAAGAAAAGCAACAACACUUUACAGAAGACAGAAUAUGGCGUAUAUUUAUCCAACUUUGUCUAGCUCUUCGUUAUUUGCAUAAAGAGAAAAGGAUUGUUCAUCGAGAUCUCACUCCAAACAAUGUCAUGCUGGGGGAUAAAGACAAAGUUACAAUUACUGACUUUGGUCUUGCAAAGCAAAAGCAAGAAAAUGGGAAACUUGCAUCCGUAGUGGGAACCAUUCUGUACUCAUGCCCUGAAGUUGUAAAGAGUGAGCUGUAUGGAGAGAAGGCUGACGUCUGGGCUGCAGGAUGCAUCCUUUAUCAGAUGGCAACUCUGAACCCCCCAUUUUACAGCACCAAUAUGCUCUCCUUGGCAACUAAGAUAGUAGGAGCUGUGUAUGAACCUGUACCAGAAGGACUGUACUCAGAAAAAGUGUCAUUUAUCAUAAAUAGAUGCUUGACUCUGGACGCAGAGGCACGUCCAGACAUAGUGGAAGUUAGCUCACUGCUGUCUGAUGUGAUGAUGAAAUACCUGGAUGUUUUAUCCACCUCUCACCUGAUGUUAGAGAAGAAACUGGAUCGGGAGAGGAGACGAACUCAGAGGUACUUCAUGGAGGCUAAUCAAAAUGCAGUAACCUAUCACCAUCAGCUUUCCAUUUUAGCACAAAAAAAUUAUGAGAAGUUGAGUCUUCAUAGCAGCAGCAAUGGAGCCCCUCAUUGCAGCAAAAGUGAACUUUCAGAAAACACUGAUCUCCCAGUUGAAAGAUGUCAGUCUGCGCAUGCAAAAGAUGAGGAAAGAACAUAUGAAGAAAUCCUGCUAGAGGAUCACAGCACUUCAGAGAACUCAGAGAAAGAUAUGUUCACUAAACUAGAUGAUGAGCUGGACAUACUGAAAAACUUAAGCAGCUCCACUUCAAGUCAUGUGAAAGAGUCUGCUAUUGGUAUAAUGAAACAAAGUUUUAGUGCUUCAGAAAGACAACCUCAGAUUAGAGAUGAUACUGAAGGUCGGGGAUCAAGACUGCAACCAGCUGUCUUCCUGCUUUUACUGUUGUCAUCUACAGCAUCAGCAAGAAUUGCUGUAUCACAGAGGAAGGUGCGUCAGAUCAGUGACCCUGUUCAGCAGAUUCUUAUUCAGCUGCACAAAAUCAUCUUCAUCAGUCAACUUCCUCCAGCUUUGCAAUGCAACUUGAAAAGAAGAAUCAUUGAAAGAUUCAAGAAGUCCCUCUUCAGUCAGCAGAGCAAUCCUGGUAAUCUGAAAUCAGAAAUGAAAAAGCUGCUACAAGGUUCUCCUGAACUGAUUGAGCCUAACUUCUUCACAGCAGAUUGGCACAUGUUACUUCCCUCUUCAGGUGGAAAUGAAUUGCUUCCAGAUGAUAGAAGAGGUAUUGGUGUUUCUGAUGUAGCAGAAGGGAUGACAUACGAACAGUUGCAGACUCUAAUUGAAGAGGUUCUAGAGGAAAGUGGUUAUUACAAUUUCUCUAACAGGUAUCUCUAUUAUUCAAGGGGAACAAAGAACUAUCAAGCAAAAGAAGAAAACUUGUAAUUCUGGACAGAAGGUUCAGAACCAUUCCUAGUGAAAUCAACCUGCCUGUACUUCACCUGAGGCUAUCUGAUUACCAAAGGGACGAGUUUGGCUCAUUAAAUAGCAUCCAGAUGGAAUACCAAUGUUAGACAGCUUCAAGGGACCUUGAGUGAUAUUUCAGGAUGAUAUUCUUAAUUUUUGAUCUGUUUACAAUAUAAGCACUUUACAGGGAACAUUGGGAAGGUUUAUACUAUAGGAGAAAAACUCAGUUCCCAACAGUACAUAUCUUCUAUUUUUGUUAAUAUUUUAAAAGAAUUGUUGCAUAGUCAGGUUUUCUGGAAUGAUAGUUGAAAGCCUGUAAACUUAUUUAUAUCCAUGUAUGUCUUCUGUGGGAAGAAAAAGAGCUUUGUAAUAUGGCCAGACAGAAAAUAUCUGCAGGUUCACUGUACCAGAAUUAGAUUAAAAAACAUCAUCACAAUUUUAAUAUUUAGAAGGAAUUUCUCUCUAUUUGGAUAGUAACAAAUUCUAAUGCUGGUGUUCCAUGUUAAUAGUCAUUGUUUAUAUCCAGCAUAGCUUCUAAAAUUCUUGUUAUUUCAAAACCAGCUAGUUUUACUGCUAUUUCAAAAUGUCUGUGUUACAUGUCUAUCUUUAGGCAUAUAUUGUGUAGAUUGGUGUAUAUAAAAUAUGUCAUGUACAUUUAUAUACAUCUAUAUAUAUACGCAUUCAUUUAGUAUUUAACAGACUAAAUAAAUAAAAUAGAUGCUUUGCUGCUAGUCAAAGCUGUAGUACUUAAAAGCACUUCUGGAAUUUCAUAAUUUAUCAAAUGUUGAUAAAGACGUCUCACUGCAGUAGCAGUGAAGCUAUUUUUUUGCCUACAGUUUAGUAAGGAAUACUUAUUAAGUACAAAGGAUUUUCUCUACAGUUGAUACUUUGGCAGUCAUAACUGUUGAAAACAACCAGAAUGCACUUGGUGAUAUAGCUCUCCUCUGUAGAAAAUUAUUAACAUUAUGUUCAUCCAUGAUUACUCAUAAGUAAGUUGGUACAGAUGUAUGUUGUGUGCUCUGGCACACCGCUGGCAAAGGUCUGUUUUGUUUUGUUUUUCCAGUGUUUUUUUUUGUCACUAUAAGUAGCUAUAAGUAACUGCAUUAGUUUCCUAACAAUUCAGUUGUAUUGUUUCAAGAUUUCAGGUGUGACUUCAACAUCCUAAAUUGUGAAGCACUGAAAAAGGGCCCAGUGGGCAGUGUAAAAAACUAAAAAUCAAAAAUAUAUCCUCUUUUCACAUAUGUGUAAUUUGAAAAGUCAUCAGGUGCUGUCUCUGCUUCUAUACAAUGGUACAGUAGUGAUAGCAAAGGUCUGUUAAGGGUCAAGACAUGAUUUCUAAGGUAUUACCUGCAGGUAGCUACAGUUUCCACCAUAAAUCACCAUAGAUGAUGCAUCUUCCUGCAGCGUUACUGCUAAAAAUCAAUUCCUAUACUAGUUCAGACACAUUUGCUUUGUUAGAACAGAGAAAGGGAAUGCAGUAUAGUUAAAUCUAUAGGAUUAUAAAGUAAUUCCAUGCUGUAUAUGGCUGCCAGUGGAAUUGAUUACACUGAUAUUUUAUUCAAAAAGACUUUAUUUAAAUUAAACCUUGACAUGUUUGUUCUACUCAAAUUGCAUAUGAAUUCUCAUAAUCAUUUUCCAUUAAAGUAAUGAAAAAACAAUCUACACGUAAAGUAAACUAUUUUAAUAUCUUUUUUGCAGAAAUGUCUUUAUAAUUCUGAAUUGUCAGAGUGUAUUAGAUGCCUUAGAAAUAAUUUGGACCUUAUUUCAAGUGUGUUUUGAAGUAUCAUUGUUUAUAUUUUGUCUGUAUCUGUUUAAUGUUCAUUC